GGUUUCUGCUGCCACCCUCGUGGCAUCACGACUGCUCAGCCCGUUGAAUGCGGAGCGUAGUGAGGCGAGGAGCUGGAGCGAGUGUUGUCAGCUUGCAGUUCAACCAGUGCUCUCUUGGAAACCCCCCAAUUUUGCUCGCGCCUGCGAGUCGGCAGGUGGGCCGGGCUGCCAUUCUCAAGCCCACAUGCCCUGCCUAAAUCACAGCUCAAUUGGAAUGGCAUUGCUUCAGCUCCCUCCUCGUUGGAGAAGGAAGGUCCUCUUCAAACAAUAAUAAAGGAUCAUGAGACCAAGUAACAAGCUUGCUUCGAUGGUAUCUCUCGCCGACAGCUCACCUCAUCAAGCGUCGUCUCUUCAAUCUCGCUGAGCACGCGGGCGCCCAUUGCGGAGGCCGCUGCCAUUGUGUCGUACACUGUGGGUUGGGCACGCCUUGUCUUCCCAUUCGCUCACCCCCUUUCUGGUCGGGAAACGGAUUGGUUGCGCACGACCAAAAUGGCGUCGUCGAUCCCCGCCUUCUCCGCGGCCGAGCUUCCCACAAAGAUCCAGUCGGACCCCAACGGGCGCAAGCGGAAGCUGCCGGCGCUACCCGACGGCCGCACGAAGCUGGAUCUCCAGAAGGACUGCGAGUUGCUCUCGCUGCUACAGUACAGCUGCACCGUUGACAGGCCCGACGAGCCCGGCUCCAGCGUUCAGUGCUGGCCUGUACCGAGGCUAUUUAGAAAAUGUCAGGAUAAGAGGGGCACUUUCAUGGUCGAAACUACCGCCUGGGAAGGCUUUCCAGGCUGCCCUGCCGACAAAUCAGCAGAAGUCCCCGUCGAGAAGCACAAGUGACAGGCACAGAGGAAACAGCGGAAGAGGUACAAAGUCACAUUCGCCAACUUCGGAGGGUUCAGGAUCAGAUAUAAGAAAUGCCCCCCACAUUCGUAUAGGCUGCGCAUCAUUUCCAAACAGCAGGGGUCGACACAGAGUGGCAGAAGCUCGAUGUCUGCGAACAUAACCCACAUUACCAAAGUCUGUGAAGCUGCGCCUUGCGUCGCCGGAUUGAAUUGUCAACGCCUUGUUAGAGCAACGCUAUCAUGGAAACAGGUCGGAAUGACGCAUCCUAGUCUGGGCGCUAGAUCGAAAUACGCAUGAAAAGAGGCGCGUGCGACCAGAGGAUGCCUAGUUCAUUGCCUGAACUGUCUAUUCCCAUCAAGUCGAACGCAACCCAUUCUAGCCUCGUCCCAAAUCAUCCUUUCAGAAUUUGAUUGUCAUCUGGGCGGAUAUAUACAGGCAGUUGAUGAGGGCUCGUCGCUUUCUCUGGUUGAUGUCGGAUCGCGUCGGCCUUCGCAAGCCCCCCUCUUACUGGCGGGCCGCAGCGCG